AUGGCCGACUCGGGCGCUGCCUCCGAGGAGACCAUAUUCCAGCUGCUGAAAAAGGCAGAUCCGAAAGAGCUUGAGCAACGCCAACAAGCUAUCAACGAGAAACGACACAAGACCUUCGAGCUGACCCAACAGCGCCUCGCUGAGCUCAUCGACCAAAAUUCAACGUUGCCAACCACUGUUUCUUCUGUCACCGUCCUUGGUGCUUCUAAUACCCGACAUGGUUUCCUCAAAAGGGUGGUUGAUCCUUUGUUGAGUGCCAAUCGCAGCCGGCCGUAUACACAAUCAGAGCUGAUACACGAGGUCGCCAACGCAGCAACAAGGUUGAGAAGAUUUGGUAUCUACCACGAACCCAUCUCCGUAUACCUUGACAAGCCGGCGAAAACCGACCCUACGACCACUCCAACCGAUGUUGCUGUCUACUAUUCCGUGAAGGAGAGGAGUCGAAUAUUCGCAAAGACUGGAACGGAUCUCGGCAAUGCUGAAGGUUCGGCCUACGCCAAUGUGCAAUGGAGGAACCUAUUUGGCGGCGCGGAGACCCUCGACGUGAAUGCAUCCGUUGGGACACGGACGCGGUCGUCAUACCAAGCUCUCUUUGAUACGCCGGUACUGAGCAACCCUGACAUACAUUUCCAGGCCGCGGGAGUCCAAAGUGCAACUCAGAAAGUUUUUGCUAGCCAUGAAGAGGUACUCAAAGGCGGUUGGAGCAAGCUCCGCUGGGUUACAUCAACAGGCUCACUCCACGAAAUAGGCUACAACGGCUUGUGGCGGCAAAUCACGGGUCUUUCGCAGAAUGCCUCUACGACGGUCAAAAGUGAAGCUGGGGAUUCCUUUAAGAGCAGUAUAUCACAUUCGUGGUCGGCCGACUGGAGAGACAACCCCUCGCUCCCUUCGAGAGGAUACUAUGCCAAAACGACGGCUGAGUUGGCUGGUUGGGGCCCGCUGCGAGGAGAUGUCGCAUUUUUCAAAAGCGAACUCGAGACCCAGUCUGCCUUGCCAAUCCCGCUACCAGGCGUGAAAGGUGACAGCGGGAUUAGUCUGACAACUGGAUUCCGUGCAGGGCUUUUGUAUCCGUUGGCUCUGGGCUCAAGUCCAAACCCUGAGCCGUCCCGAAUAAACGAUAGAUUCCAGCUCGGUGGACCGAACGACGUUCGAGGGUUCCGGCUGUCGGGCUUGGGGCCUCAUGACGGACCUGAUGCAGUGGGUGGGGAUAUCUAUGCCGCUGGGAGCGCAAAUCUGCUUCUACCACUCCCCAAGGUUGGAAAGGAUAAGCCCCUUCGAUUUCAAGCCUUCGUCAAUGGUGGGAGAUUGUUGGCUGUACGAAACCCGGAAAAAGAGGGCCCAAUGACACACCAGGAGGUCAAGCAGAGUGUGUCCAAUGCUAUUCACGAGCUCAGCAAUGGAUUGCCCACCAUCUCAGCCGGCUUUGGCCUGGUUUAUGCUCACCCUGUGGCGCGGUUUGAACUCAAUUUCUCGUUACCUCUUGUGGUGCGGAAAUACGAGGAAGCCAGGAAAGGAGUAUCCUUCGGCAUCGGGAUAAACUUCUUGUAG